GGGAAGGGAAAGUCGCAGUUCCCCACUCCCCCUCCUGUCAGAAAUAAGCUUCGUGGGCAGCCAGCCAGCUAACGUUGCAUGCAUGUGCUCUUCUCCACGUCAUUGUAAUCCCUGCUGUCAUGACCUUCCGCAGCUCCCGAUGCAAGAACAAUCGGGCUAGUAACCAGGGUUGGUCGUUCACCCACUCGUCCUGCUCCUCUCCCUCUUUCUCUUUAUCCUCAUCGCGCUGUCGUCUCUCUGCUUCCCGGGCCCUCGUCUGUGUCGGAGUCGUGGGCAUCCUCCAUCUGUCUGCUGAGCCUUGUUCCCUGAAUCGGCGCGGCCGUUAACCAAUAGAUCAUGGCCGCCAUCGACCUUGUUGCCCUUGAAGCGCGGCGCGCAGUUAUCAGACGGAGCAACUGGGCCAGCAAAAACCCCGGCGUGGUCCUGGUCUUCUGCAUUGUCUUCAUCGUCGCCGUGGGCAUCGUGUCCCUCUUCAUCUACCGGAAAUGUAUGGCGCGGAAAGCAGCGAGACAGUCAUACGAGGUGGAGCAAACAUGAACGACAGUGGAAUCACUUGUUGGAGAGAGCGAGAGAGGAGCUAUUUGGGACAGGGCGUUUUGCUUCUAGGAUCGGGUUGUCAUCUUUUAUAUGUUUUCUUUCUUCCUGUGCUUUGUCCGUCCGGCAAGGAUACCCAAUCCUGUUUUUGGUGCGGUGCUGGACUAGAGUGCAGAUGGUGUUGGGAUAAGUCUGAUUUAAUUUGCCCGAGAGGCGAAUAAGUAU